AUGAGCAAAUACACACAGAAUUUCGUUCCCAUUUACUAUUGUUCAGUGAUCUCAUUUGCUAUUGCAAUCUAUUGCAUUAAUUCAGUUAGUGGUCUUGAAAGGUCCAAGCUCAUAGUAGCCUUUCAGGCUCCUUGGAAUAUCUCCCAUCCCCUGAGUGCCCAAAGGUUAAGCACGGUUUUCCAGAUAGCCAUCGAUAAAGUCAAUUCAGAUCCUUCUUACCUACGCAACUAUAGCUUGGAGUUUGUAUAUGCUGACUGUGGCUGUGAGGCUAAGAAGUCCCUUCAUGCUUUCAUCAACCAGUUUCAAAAGGACCAGAUUUUGGCCUUGUUUGGACCAGUUUGCUCAGAAGCAGCAGAGGUUACUGGUUUGCUAGCUUCUUGGUGGAACAUCCCCAUGUUUGGAUUUGUUGGCCGUAGUGCCAAGCUGGAUGAUUCCUUUCUUUAUGACACUUAUAUCAAUCUUGUCUCCCCUCUACAAAUGAUAGGGGAAGUACUGCAUAAAACUCUUCAGCAUUUUGGAUGGAGAUAUAUUGGUCUCUUUGGAAGCUCAAGUGAUGUUUUCACUUGGGGUGAAAUGGAGGAAUUAUGGACAUCUAUAGAAAACCAACUCAAAACCAAUAUCACAAUCACUGCUAAAGUGAGAUACAAUACGAGAGAUCAAAACCUCCACCAAGAAAAGCUCAACUAUAUAGCAUCUGUUGCCAGAAUUAUUGUUUUGAUCUGCAGUUCUUUGGAUGCAAGAUCCAUUUUGUUAGAGGCCAAAGAACUAGGUAUGACAAAUGGGCCAUAUGUGUUCUUUGUCCUUCAGCAGUUUGAGGACAAUUUUUUGGAAGAGGAUUGGAAUAAUGAGAACAGCAGUGUCCUAGAUGCCUAUCAGCCUGUUUUUCUGAUAGCCCUCCAGUCUUACCGAGAUUACAAGAUCUAUUCUGAUUUUGUGAAGAAGGUUCAUGACAAGCUGAAGCAGCAGCAGCCCUCAUACAGCUUCCUUUCUUCGCAAGAAGAGAUAAGUUCUUAUGCUGCCUACCUGCAUGAUGCAGUUUUGCUUUAUGCAUUAUCUAUAAAAGAAAUGUCAGAAAAGCAACAAGAUUUCCAUGAUGGAAGGACACUAAUCAACACCUUGAAAGGUUACAACAAAACCCCAGUCUAUGGCAUUACUGGCCCAGUGCACAUUAAUGAAUUAGGUGAAAGGAACAUGGAUUACUCGGUGUAUGAUCUCCAGGAAUCUGGCAACUCAACACGCUUCAUUCCUGUCCUUAACUUUGACAGUUACAGAAAAACAAUCAGUCCAACCACAGAAAUUGAUUACAUCCAAUGGUCAGAUGGAGAAACUCCUAAAGACAAACCAUUAUGUGGGUUUCACAAUGAACAUUGCAAAACUCCAGUUACCAUGUUAGUUGGCAUUUCUGGCUCCCAUCAAAUGAAGGAGGAUCUUUCUAUCCGGUGCAUUAUCCCAUGCAAUGAAGACACAUCAAAAGUUUUAAUGUGCGUUAGGCCAUUAAAUGAUAUCACCUUAGUAUCAGGAGUUACUGUUGUGGUAACGUUUAUGAAGAUCCAUAAGGGGAGCCUUCAAGAACAAAGCAAUGAUAUCCGGUGGAGAAUUAACUAUGAGGAUAUCAUCAUCUUGAAAGAUAAUAAGGAAAACUGUGAUCUAUCUCAGGCAAGCACACCAGAGUCCAAAGAAACAGAAAAUGUUGGUUCCCAUUUGUUUAUAUCUAGUAAUAACUAUUCUGGAUUGAAGGACAAGCAAGAAGUAUUUUACACCACAGUAGGACUUUAUCAGGGAACUCCUGUUGCUCUCAAAUUUAUUGAUAAUCAAACAGAUGCCUGGAUUCAGAAACCAUCCAUUCUUCAGGAAGUUCAGAUGAUGAGAGAACUGAGACAUGAGAAUCUGGUGGUCUUCUAUGGGAUAUGUCCUGAAGCACCAAACAUCUGUAUUGUAAUGCACUACUGUAAGAAAGGAAGCCUUAAGGAUGUUUUGAUGCAUUCUGAUAUUGAACUGGACUGGAUAUUCAAAAUCUCUUUCGCCUAUGACAUAGUCAAUGGUAUGUUGUUCAUCCACAACAGCCCUCUGAAGUCUCAUGGAAACUUAAAGCUUACAAACUGCCUGGUAGACAGUCGCAUGCAGGUGAAGCUGUGUGGAUUUGGGUUGUGGGAAUUUAAAUAUGGAAGGAAAUCCAGGGUAAUAACAGAAGAGGAGACUAGUUAUGCAGAUCUCUACUGGACAGCUCCUGAAUUGCUAAGAAUGGGGGAAUAUCCAUUCUGUGGCACCCAGAAGGGUGAUGUUUACAGCUUUGCUAUUAUUAUGAGGGAACUGAUACAUAAUCAGGAAGAUGGUCCAUUCCAAGACCUAAACAAGAAUGCAGAAGAGAUAAUAAAAAGAAUCCAGGAUGCCAAUUCUCCUGUACCCCUACGCCCUUCUCUUUCAACAGAGAAAUGUAAUGAAAGGAUCAUUGCACUUUUGAAGGCAUGUUGGGAUGAACAUCUAGAGAGGAGGCCUACAUUCUCCCACAUCAAGAGAGCACUGAUAGAAGCCAGUCCUGAAAGCCAUUUCAGUAUAUUGGACAACAUGGUGAAUAAACUGGAAAAAUAUGCAAAUCAUCUGGAGGAAGUAGUUGAAGCAAGGACAACCCAGUUGUUGGCAGAGAAGAAGAAGACAGAAAAGCUUUUAUCAACCAUGCUACCAAGCUUCAUCGGAGAACAGCUUGUUGCUGGGAGAGCAGUGGAACCUGAGAGCUUUGAGUCAGUCUCCAUUUUCUUCUCAGACAUCGUUGGCUUCACUAAAUUAUGCUCUCUCAGCUUUCCGCUGCAAGUUGUCAAUCUCCUCAAUGACCUAUAUAGUCUGUUUGAUAAUAUAAUUAAAAUAUAUGAUGUCUAUAAGGUUGAAACCAUUGGAGAUGCCUAUAUGGUUGCUAGUGGCCUCCCCAUUCGCAAUGGGACAAAACAUGUUGAGGAAAUUGCUACUAUGUCUUUGCACUUCCUCAGUGAAAUUAUCUCCUUCAAGAUUAGGCACAUGCCAAAUGAGAAACUGAAGCUGCGUAUUGGUAUUCAUACAGGCCCUGUUGUUGCAGGAGUGGUGGGAAUCACAAGGCCCCGCUAUUGUCUGUUUGGAGACACGGUGAAUACAGCUUCAAGGAUGGAAAGUACCAGCUUACCUCUCCAAAUCCAUGUUUCUAUGAUCACAGCAAAUGCUCUCCAGACCAUUGGAGGUUAUGAUUUGGAAGAAAGAGGGACCAUAAGGAUAAAGGGCAAAGGACAGCAAAAAACAUUUUGGCUGAAAGGAAAAGCUGGGUUUAACAUGUCUCUACCAGAAUUCUACAGUGAUGUGGCAAGCCACCCAAAGAGAAACAUGGAGGAGUUGUGUCUAGAUGCUCUUAAAGACCAUUGA